AUUUAUUUACCGCUACAUAUUCUUAAGGACUAAGGAUAACAUCUUAUUAUGAUAUGCUGAUUUCCUUUCUCCCGUUUUAUCGUUAAUAUACCUAGGUUCCUGGCUGGAGGUAUUGGUGAUCCACUGCUACUAGAUACGGAAGCCCGUUAAGCAAAAGCUUCUAUUCCGUCCACAACAAUCUGAACUUUUUGAGUAGGCACUCUCAAGGUCACAAAGGCAUCGCUCAAAGGUCGUUCAUAAGCUGUUGUCCAGCUGCUGAAUGAAUGUUAAAUGACAAAAUAUUUUCUUUAACAACUUGGUUGUACAGUGACAAAUAGCUGGGUUUAUAAUUGUUUGUCCCUGAGUGAAUUUAAAAAUUUAUCUUGCUUCAUGCUUUUAGGUGUUUUGGGAUCAAACACAAUACUCACCUAUGGCUGAUCAGACUGGCCUGGACGUAUGGACUUUGGAAUCAGAGAUUCAACUUUUUCAUGCUAUAUUGAAUCACAAACCCGUUGGUGCAGAUCGUCAUUUUCAGAUGAUAUAUGUAUGCAACCUUGUAAACUCGUUUGUGAGUGAUCCAAUUAGUACAGAUACUAUUUGGAAAAAGCUAGGUUCGUUGUAUAACAUGGAAGAGUUGCAUGAUUCUGAAGUUAAUCCGUUUCAAGCAAAGAUGAAGGAAUUCAGCCUCCCAGAAGAGUAUGACUCCCUGAAAUCUUUGAAGUACCCUCGUGUGACAUCACAGAGUGGCAUAUCUGUUUCUCGAUCUCCACGUACUAAUUCCUUUAGUCAAAAAAGAACAAGGAAAUCUUUGCGUUCAGUUGACUCAGACACAACUCUAGUCUCUUCAACUAACUCACCGGCUACUACAACCGCUGGUUCUGUUACUUCACGAGAAAAAAGACGUUGAUUUCUGUUCCCAUAUUGAAUAUACGAUUUGUUUUGUAUCACUAACAAAGUGUUUUGCAAUAAAUUUUUGUACUCGCUUCA